AGAUAGCCACCUUCGCCACACCUCUUGCCUUGCAUCGUAACCAAUAACUCUUGCUUUAUUGCUGCACGGUUCAUGCGGCUUCUCAUCAUCGCCGCCCCAUUGUCCAAUCCUGUUUCCUCGCUCACUUUCCGCCAGCUUGACCACUAGAAACUAGAUCCCGCACCUCCACUCGAUGUCCCACCUUCACCUACUAACUGUCCGAUAAAUAUAAUCCUCUGUACAUUCCUCCCUUGAACAGGAUGCAGCCGCCAUGUUGCCUCCAAGUCGCAGAUUCGCAGCCGUGGCACUGGUGCUGCUGGUCUCUUUUGUAGAGAUCCAGAAUGGUGUAGAGGGUAGCAGCAUAAGCACAGCUUCGACACCGACGACGACUGCUGUGCAGAGUACAGGGACCUGCGAAGCCAGGACGAUCAACUAUAUCACAGACUCGCUGCCCCAGCAAUGUUUGCGGAAAGAGUGGAAUGGUUUUAAUGGCACUGGAGCUGGAAGCUCCAGUGCUAUUGUUGCGACAGAGGGGUUGGAGGGAGCAAUGAAUACUUCGACGAUCACUGUGGCAUCUGCGGACUCGAUAGCGAGUCCGAUUCCUUCUUCUACAGCCCCGGAGACGGCGGAAGCGUCAGCUACAGAUCUCGAGAGCGGUGAGCUGGGCGAAGCUUCGUUCUUGUCUUUUGAAGAGUGGAAGAAGCAGACACUUGAGAAAGCCGGACAAGCAAAUGCCAAUAUUGGGACUAAAAAGUCUGGAGAUGUGAAGAAGAGGGAUAGCGAGAGUUUCCAGAAUAACCUCGACUCGUUGGGAGAUGAAGGAGAGAUUGAUCUGGACUUCAGCUCUUUCCGGACGGGAGGGAAAGGAGAUGAGAAAAGUCAAACCGAGGAUGCCGGAGAAACUGGAGCAGGGCAAGAGUCUCAAAAGGUAGAGGGAAAUGGGAGAAAGAAAGAUCACCAUAGGAGUAAUGAUGCUGGGAAGACGUGCAAGGAGCGGUUCUCCUAUGCUAGUUUCGAUGCUGGAGCUACGAUUUUGAAGACACAUCCUGGAGCCAAGAAUUCCAAAGCUGUCUUGAUUGAGAACAAGGACUCUUAUAUGCUAUCCGAAUGCUCUGCUGAAAACAAGUUUAUCAUCAUCGAGCUUUCAGAAGAUAUUUGGAUAGACACCGUUGUCCUUGCCAAUUACGAAUUCUUCUCCAGCCAAAUUCGAACCUUCAGAGUCAGUGUCAGCGACCGAUAUCCAGUAAAGAUAGACAAAUGGAAGGACGUCGGGACAUACGAAGCUCGAAAUUCGAGAGAGAUACAAGCAUUCUUGAUUGCAAAUCCUCAAAUUUGGGCAAGGUAUAUCAGGAUAGAGUUCUUGAGCCAUUAUGGUAAUGAAUACUAUUGCCCAUUGUCUCUUGUCAGAGUUCAUGGAACACGGAUGCUGGAGAGCUGGAAAGAGACUGAGUCUAUCAACGAUGAGGACGAGGGCGAUACGAACCUUACUACUACAACUUCAAGAAGCCAUACGUCGAGUUCAACGUCUAGUUCUGCUACAGAGACUACUGUUUCAAAUGGCAAUACUGCUAUGUCGUCUCCCUCUUCGAAUGUCGAAUCAACAGCCUCAAGCAGUACGACCAAAGAAUCCUCAACUCCAGUUUCUGUGCCAUCUAACAUUAUAACUUCAUCCGAAGUUGCCUCUUCGAACUCAGCGACCCAAGCCAGCAAGUCGCAAAACGUAACCACUACGCCUAAGAACAAAACGACUAGUACAUCAUCAGCAACUUCUUCCCUCCCAACGAUCCAAGAAUCUUUCUUCAAAGCUGUGUCUCGGCGUCUCAAUUUCCUGGAAACAAAUUCUACUCUAUCUUUGAAGUAUAUCGAAGAGCAGUCCCGGAUUCUGCGAGAAGCGUUUACGAAGGUUGAAAAGAAGCAGUUGCAGAAGACGACUACUUUCUUGGACACCCUGAAUAGUACGGUCCUUGACGAGCUUCGACACUUCAGACAGCAGUACGAUGAGAUAUGGCAAAGUACUGUCAUAUCACUAGAAUCGCAAAGAGAGGAGUCAAGAAGGGAAAUACUGGCUAUCAGUUCUCGCCUCAAUAUCUUGGCAGAUGAAGUAGUCUUCCAGAAACGGAUGUCGAUUGUACAGUCUGUUCUUGUGCUCUUAUGCCUUGGCCUUGUGAUCUUCACGCACGUCUCUGGUGGCAGUCCUCUCGAAUAC